AUGAAUUACGUUUCCGUUGUCAUCGGCAUUUUCAUCCUUCUCAUUGUGGCGUAUUGGCUUUCGUUUGGCCACAACUUCCAGGGGCCUGAAAUGGAAGCCCUCCUGGGACAGCGCAGCGAGCCUGUUAUUGCAUCGGAUCAGAUCAUCGAAUCAGCUCCCAGCACCGAGCAAAGGAGGUCCAAGGAGCUAAAACAAGCAAGCUGA